AAAUUAAUAACUGAUAUAUGAAUUUUUCAAAAUAUUAUUUUUCAAAGAAUUUUUUUUUGCGGCAACCCUGAAAGCCAUAAUCUAAAUCUGCGGAGUAUCUUUUCUUUUCAAGGAACACAUCUGUUGUAUUUGCUGUUUUUUUGCGCCGAAGGUUGAAAAACACUGCUUUUUUAAAAUUCACAUAUAUGUGUGUGUGUGUAUUAUAUAUAUAUAUAAUAUUUAUAUAUAUGCUAUACUGCUAUACGCACGUUUAUGCACAGGGUUAGGGUUUGGAAAAAAAUUGUUGAUUCCCCCACUCCAUAGUUCUGGAUCCGCUAGUGGUUAGCGCAAAGGACUUGCCUGACUUGGGCGUCUUGGCCUUGCCGUGGCAAUGUGAAUGUUUAAUAAUAUUAUAAUUAAUAUGUAUAUAAUAGAUCUAUUAUCUUCUAUAUAGACUAGCUUUUAGACUUCAGAGGAUGUAUUCUAAUAUAUAGAAUCUAGAUCUAUAGAGUCAUAGACUCUAGAUAGUCUAUUGUAUAGAAUAAAGAUCACUGCCUCACACUGCCUGAUAGAUAUAUAGAUAGAUCUAAUUUAUUAUUAAGUGGUAUACCGUUUUAUUGUUGUAGAUAGAUCUAAUUUAUUAUUAAGUGGUAUACCGUUUUAUUGUUGUAGAUGGCAAUCUGAACAUUAAAAAAAGAAAAUUUUUUAAAAUCUUUAAAAAAAAAACAAAGCUUAUAUUAAGCAUAGUUGUAUCAAAUAGUUUGGAUAAGUCAUGUAAUUAAAUUUGUAAUAGAUCUCUAGAGGCUAAAAAAAGAGUUUCAAAAUUUUUUUUUAAAAGGGGGAAUGACCUAAAUUUGAACUCAUGGCUCAAGCCUUCUCAGGCUUCUCAAGCAACCACAGUAACCAUUCUGCUAGUGGAGAGCUUAUGAACAUGGAAGAUUGUAUCAUUAUCUCUUGUUUCUAUAGUCUCAUCCUAUUUUUCAUGUUGUGUUUAUUAAGACUGAGACGACGAUGUAUAAAGGGGACUAAUUCAGCUUAAACCACUUCAGUCAAGUACAAAUUCUUUCCAUUGUUUGAGAUAUAAACAAAAUAAUUAUAUACCAUUGUUAAUUAGCUAAUUGGUAAAUUUUUUAUUAUUGGUUCUCAUGUUUUCAGGUAAAAGAAAUAACUGUGCAAAAUUUCAGCUUGAUCCAAGAUUGUGUCUGGGAGAAAUUAUGUGUACAAACUUUUUACCAGACAGGCAGAGUAAGUUGAUAUAAGCUUUACAAGUAUAAAAAUUUUUUUAUAAAAUCCUUAGUGCUGCUGGUAAGGUCAUUGGUAAAAAAAACAAGUUAUCCCAUUAGAGUAUACACAGAUUCUAGAUAAAAUUAUCUUAUUUUCUAUAUACACUUUAGAUUCUAUCAAGAUAAUAAGAUCUAGAUGGGUAAUUGAGUAGACUCAGUCAAAAGAGUAGAUUUAAUCAUCUAGUCUAAAUCUAGAUCACAGUCAUAUUGGGUAGCAGUUUGCAACACAGUUAAUGUAGUUCCUGUAUACAAGAAACUUGACUCACUUUUUAUGAGCAUCUUGCUAUCCACUGUAGUACAGUUUAUGACCCUCUUUCUUUGUUGUUUCGACAAAGCUUUUCCAGCAUAUUUCACUAGAGUCCAAUGAUGAGAAACAGAGCCUGUUCAGCUCUUUGUGAGCUCUUCAACUUUUCCUUCAUCAUUUAAUGAUCUAACAUUCCAUGUUCCAAUAGUGAUUUUAUUUCUGGCAUUGAUUUAAUUUUUUUAUGGACCGGUAAUAUACUUUUCACCUCCCCCUGGUCUGACUGCAGGCACAUCCCUUGGUAACUUGGGUGAUAACCGAGCGGAUAUGGAUUUAUUUACGGUCAUGAUUUCGUUUGUAAUAACUAGGGCUAGAUAAUAACAUGGCCUACAUGAUUUAGUCUGCCAACUGAAGCAGUUUUUUCAGGGCAUGGCACUAUGAGUCACAUAAGAAAUUUAGGGGUUGGAAGGGGACCAGUGAGGCCGACCAUCCAAAUGUGCAGCAUGCUGUACCCUUAAAGGUCCAGAUCAAGUAACAUACAGUCAAAGUCAUAAUUGAAGGGAUGCUUAGGCCAUAAGUUAAGGUGCCCAAGCAUAGGCAUUAACCAUGUCAGAUAUAGUUUAUAUAUCAGAUUCACAAAGUGAUGAGGAUGAUGUAAACCUUCCAUCUAAGGAUGAGUGUGAAGAAAGGUGUCAGCAGUUUGCUGAAAUCACUGGUACAGACAGUGCGCUUGCCAUGUUUUACUUACAGGACAGAGACUGGAGUGUGGAGAGAGCUAUAAGUGAUUUUUUCAGUGACAACCAGGUCUCAGGAAAUCAACAGACAUUGUCUAGCAAGAAACAAGAGAAGCACUCUAAUGAACUGGGAGUGACAGGAGCUAGAAAUGCCACCACUGAUGGUCAAUUGUCAAAAGUUUCAGGGACAGAAUCUUUCACUCAGCAAAAUAACUUGUCCUGUCCAACAACAUUUCCACCUAUUAAGCAGACGCAGACUUCUCAUGUCAAUAGACUGUGUCUACUCUCAUGGAACAUUGAUGGUCUGGACCCAGACAAUUUAGUCUCAAGGACAGAGGGUGCCUGCAGCAUGCUUUUGCAUGAAAAUCCUGAAAUAAUUUUCCUCCAAGAGAUAGUCAACACAAGUCUACAGAUCAUUAAAGCUCGCUGUGUAAAUUAUGAAAUCUUUUUAGGCCUGGAAGGGGACAAACCAGCACCAGAUUCUUAUUUCACUGCUAUCUUGCUGAGAAAAGAUUGUGCAACUGUUGAGCGUGUUACCCUUGCAGAGUUCCCAGAAAGUAGGAUGUCUCGAAACCUUCUGGAAGUACAGUGCAGUGUUAAGUCCAUCCCAAUGACUUUACUAACCAGUCAUCUGGAGAGUACAGCUGAAUAUACAAGUGAAAGAAAAAGUCAGCUCAGCCAGGCAUUUUCCAGAAUGAACAAAAUAGAUAAAAACAGGGUUGUCUUGUUUGGCGGUGACUUGAAUCUACGAGAUAAGGAGUUGACUGGAAGCUCAGCUCUACCUGAAGGUGUGAUAGACAUAUGGGAGUACACCGGCAAAAGGGCCCAGGCUCGAUACACAUGGGACCUGACUAUCAAUGACAACAAGCAGAUGAGCGCCAAGUUUCAACCUCGCUGCAGAUUUGAUCGUGUUUACAUGAGGAACAGUGUCCCUGCACUUUUGAACCCAGUGUAUUUUGAGUUGGCUGGGAUCCAGAGGCUGUCAUCUUGUCAGAGGUUUCCAAGUGACCACUGGGGCAUCCUCUGUCAUUUUGAUAUUAAGUAGUCAGAUCUCCCUGUGCAGUUAGCAAAAAAUGCAUCUUUUCAUUUUCCUCAAGUCUCUGAGAUAAUGUUAUCAUAAGAGAAAAAUGUAUUUCUUAAUGCUGGAAUUUAUUAAUUAUUUUUUUGUCAAUCAUAAAUUGGAGCAAAGCAACCUUAACUUUUUAAAAAGUUUUACAUAAAAAAAUAAUUUCAAACUUUUUUUUCUGUAUAGCCAAAACAAAACUUUGAAUAAAUGCAUUUUGCCUAAUUUGUUAUAUGUUGUUACAAAGUAAGUUCUAGGCAGGACUCUAAUGAUUGUCUUCAUUCAGAAAAUGGAUUCCUGUUGGUUUGUGUUAAUACUUGUAGUAAUUGAUGUGUUCUACAAACUCAGUUCACACAAAUGUUGUCUAAUGAGAUGUGUUCAUUUUCAAAUGUCUUUCACUUUUGCCGCCCCCCCCCCCCCCCC